AUGGCCGACGUGCCAGUGAAGGCCCAUCCGUCGAGGAAGAGCGCCUUUUCCUGUGAGGGUUGUCGCAAGCGCAAAGUGAAAUGCAACGGAGCCAGCCCAACCUGUUCACGGUGUGCAGCACGUGGAACCCCGUGCGUCUAUAGCUUAGCACCGACCUUAUCUUACACUAAACAACUAGAGAGCCGAGUGGCAGAGCUCGAAGAUACUCUGGCAAAGUACCGCAACGAACAACCCCGAGAUGUUACCGAAGGGAGCCCUUCCUCUGCAACCUCGACGGGCGAGACCAGCUUGAAUUCUCGCAUUUUUAACCGAAAAGGGAAUGAUGCAGACGACGAUCAGGAUCUAUCAAGAGACUUCGAGGGGCUUAAAGUUGAACAUGAUGGCCGGGUUUCCUUCCAUGGACCGACAAGUUUAUUCCAGCUUCCGAGCGGUGCACUCAACCCCGCAGCCUCAAGCUCCCAGCUUGCUGCGCAGGUAGGGGAGCGGAAGGAAAGACUUGUCAAUAAUGCGUGGCGCGAGAGAGCGAUUGAGCAGAUGGCUUCUAUGCCUGAACCCUUUCAAUUCCUACUUGACUCACACUGGUGCUGGAUCCAGCCGCUCUUCAACUUUGUUUACAGACCUACAUUUACUCGCGAUAUGAAACUCAAUGGUCCUUACUAUUCUGAUGCCCUACUUAACGCUAUCCUUUCACAUUCUGUGCGGUGGUGUAAAACUGAGCCUAGGAUGCACUCUAUUUUAGAACCAUACGAUGGCGGUGCCGUUUUUUGGAAUCGUGCGGUGACAGGGCUCCACGACUCGCUCAAAGAUGGCCAUGUGGGUAUACCUACAAUCCAAACGCUCCUGCUCCUUAGUGCACGUGAAUGUGGACAGGGCCAUAGAACUCAGGCAUGGCUGUAUAGCGGAAUGGCAUUUCGCAUGUUAGAUGAUCUGGGAAUCACAAUUGACAGCCGCAAAUAUUCAGAUUCAGCCCAGCUGAGUGAUGAGGAUAUCGAGAUUCGGAACCGCCUGUUUUGGAGUUGCUACUUUUGGGAUAAGAUCGUGUCUCUAUACUUUGGCAGAUCCCCGACAUUACAAAGCUCACAGGGCUGCCCUCCGAGGACUAUCCUGGACGAUACCUCUGAGCUUGAGCCUUGGAUCCCUCAUGGUCUUGUUUUUGCGGACGGCGCUCAAUAUCCCCCAACCGCGGCUCACUCGACCUCCUGUUUUAUAGAGAUGUGUGGAUUAAUGGAGAUUCUCAACCAGAUCUUGAUUCAUAUUUACGACCACAACCGUCAGAUUUCCGAGGCAGAGUUUCACACUUGUGUUCGUGAACAGUCCCGCAACCUAGGUGGAUGGUGGGAUGAUUUACCCGAACAUCUGAAGCUUAUACCGACAGCUCUACCUCCGUACUCUCCUCCCAGUCACAUUGUGACUUUGAACUGUGUCUACCACACUAUCAAUAUCCUCAUUCAUCGGCCAAUCCUUUGCUCAAAAUGGACCCGAGAAGCUUACGACAAAAGCCACUUGGUCCAUUGUAUGACAUCUGCAACUGCUAUUCUUUCCAUAUUUGGAAUGUACGAGCGGACUUUCGGAGAUGGCCGUGUCGUUCUAUCAAUGGCCUACAGCGUAUAUACGGCCGCAUCCAUUUUCCUCCUCGAGAUCCAGGCGUUGAAAUAUGCUGCUCCAGGGACCUUGGAUAAGUUGAAAAUCUGCAUCCUGGCCUUGGACCGAGUUCGAGUAUCCAGUCCUGUGAUUACCACGGCUUUAAACCUCGUAUACCAGGAAAUCCAACGCCUCCAAGUUGAUCACAACAUUGCUUUAUCCAUCUCACUACCAGAUGCACCACACCCCUCAACAUCGCAUACCGACUCUCCCUCCACACAACCUCCUCUAAAUUUACAAACAACCUCUCAUCACGUUUCUACGCACCACAGUACUUCACCUUCAAUCUCCCCCGGGGGUGCCCAUAUCAAUACAUCCACAAGCCAAUAUUACCCCUACCAGCAACCCAUGCAAGCACCCGAGUUCGGAGCACCCCCCCAGGGCCUCCCUCGAUUAGCAGUGAUGCACGACGUUGGCAGUGGAUUACCGGAAGCGUUGAUGUCCUUGGACAACCCCGCUUCCUACGAGAUAACGCCAGAGGUUUUCGAAGCGUUUUCAUAUGCGGAACCUAUCACGACCAAUGUGACGCCUGCUGAGGGGUACGGAUGGGUUAGUCGGCCUUGA